GACUGAGGAGUAUGGCUCAGCGGGUCCAACUUGGCCUCGCGUACAUAAAGAGCAGCGGGUGAAGCUUACACCUGUCUUGUGCAUCACAGCCUUUCGAGAUGAAGGCUUCCGUUGUGUGUCUGCUGCUCGUAUUGGGCGUCGCCGCUGAAGCUCUGCACAGAGUUCCACUGCGAAAGAUCCAGCGGAAAUAUACUCUUGAGGAUCUGCGCCGCACUCACGCCUUCGUCAGCCAUCGCUACUCAGCACGGUUUGAUCAUGUGGACCUUGACAACUAUAUGGAUGCUCAGUAUUAUGGUCCCAUCGACAUUGGAACACCUGGCCAGUACUUCAAGGUGAUCUUCGACACAGGUUCCUCUAAUCUGUGGAUCCCAUCAGAACAAUGCUCCAUUCUCAACCUGGCCUGUCAACUCCACAACCGUUAUGACUCCUCAUUGUCCACUACCUACAAACCCAAUGGUACUGACUUUGACAUCCAGUAUGGCUCUGGGGCAAUGAAAGGUUUCCUGUCCAGUGACCAUGUGUCUCUUGGCGGCUUGGUGGCUCAGGAUCAGACUUUUGCUGAGGCCACAGAGGAGCCUGGCCUGGCCUUCGUCGCUGGCAGAUUUGAUGGUAUUCUUGGCAUGGGCUUCUCCACAAUCUCUGUGAUGGGUAUCCCGACUGUUUUUGAUACCUUGGUGGCUCAGGGGCAGGUGGAUCAGCCUGUCUUCUCCUUCUACCUCAACCACGACCAGGAAGGUAACUUGGGAGGAGAGUUGGUACUGGGUGGCUCUGACUCCAACCAUUAUGAGGGAGAGUUCCACUAUGUGCCUGUGUCUCGUGUUGGCUACUGGCAGGCUACAGCAGAAGCCAUCAAGAUCGGAGGUGUAGCUAAACCUUUCUGCCACCCUUGUGAGACCAUUGUUGACACAGGCACCUCUCUGAUUGCAGGACCAGCUGCUGAUGUUAAGGACAUCAUGAAGGACUAUGGUGCCUUCCCACUGAUCGCUGGGGAAUACAUCAUCCCAUGCAAGAAGGUAGCAGACAUGCCUGUCACUUCCUUCACUCUCAAUGGGAGGGACUUUGAUAUGACUGGACCCGAGUUGGUCAUUGAGAGCACAGACCAGACAGGCACCACUGUGUGUAUUGUGGGCAUCCUUGGCUUGGAAUUGGGCUCUAUUGAAGCAUGGAUUCUGGGAGAUCCCUUCAUCGCUCGCUACUACACUGAGUUUGAUGUUGGCCAGACUCGUAUGGGAUUUGCUUUGUCUAAGUAGAUAAAUUCCCACCAUUCACUGUUAUUAAUCUCUGAGCAAGAUUUUGGGCAUGUUGUGGAAAUUUCCUUGUCUUAACUACAGAUUGGUCUCUACAAAAUCACUGGAAGGGUACAGUGGAGAUUCACCAUCAUAGUCCCACACUGCCUUAUUCUGAACCAUUCAGUGUGACAAUAAAGCUUGAUCCAAAGUACAUAAAA